UUGCAGUAGGAGAAAGCAGAACCCCCCCACAAGAGCAGCAGCAUCAAGCAGGAGUUUUUAGUUCGCUUCUUCCGCACAAGGCAGCAUUGCGCUGCUCGAGCUGCUGCUGUGGCCACAGCGCAUACCACGAACACGGGGAUAGCGUGCAGCAAGAACAUGAUGCAAGCUCAUGUUGUUGCCCUGGCAGCGAUGGCUCUACCCGUCGGGGCCUUCUUUGUAAUGUCGCCGCCGCCAGUAACAACGACCGCCAGAGGAUCAGCGGCAGCGGCGUGGCCCAUGGCACCGCCAACGAUGCGCGUCUCCGGCAUAGAGAGUACGCCAAACCCAAGCUCGUUCAAGUUUGACCUCGAUCAGACCCUCUACGGUCCCGGCUCGGGCGCCACGGCAACCAGAGGCAUCACCUACUCUCGCGCGGUGGUGCAGCAGCAGCAAGCAGAGGUGCCCGAGGCUAUCUUGAGACUUCUCGAGAUCCAAGGCGUGGAUUCUGUGUACGCCUUGGCGGACUGGCUGUGCCUCAACAAGAAGCCCUCCGCCAAGUGGGAUGCGAUCGUUCCCGCAGCGGUGAAGGCCUUGGGCGGGGCGGCCUCGUCCCUAGAUCCUCUGACGCUACUCAUGGCGUCUGGGGGGGAGGGUGGGUCCGCUUGGAAAAGGUCGGAGAUGGACGGAAUCGCCAUUCGCCUGCAGGUGUCCAACGGCAUCCCGAUCCAGGUGGAAGCCUGCCCCCCGGGCGGGACCCCCCUCCGCCGCAAGCUGUCCUCCCGCUUCGUGGAAGCCAUGACGGAAUUCGUCGCCGGCUCCGGCGACGAGAUGGCCUUCUUCAAGGGCCGCGAGUGGCUGCCCCGCGGUGUACGGUAUCCCGCGGAAGAGGGAGGGGAUGAUGAAGACGGUCACGGCGAGGAGCUGACCGGGGCGACGAGUAAGAAGACGGCCGCCGAGUUCGCCGAGGAAGCGCUCGCCGCGGCGGUCGACGAGGUCGAGCUGGCCUACCACGAGUCCAGGCUGCGCGGGGCGGUGCACGCGGCCCUGAACCUCCUGCAGAAGAACGCCGAGGCUGCUGAGGCUUCUGCUGCUGCCCCUGCUGCUGCUGCUGCCACUUCUGGCGAGAGCACCGCGGAGGUGAGGGCGGCGACCACGGUGCUGCAGCGAUCCCCGGCCGCCGACAAGGGUGAGGUUGUCGCGGCCGUCGACACCCUCUGUGCCCUGGCGGGGGACGGUUCCAAGGACGCCCUCGACGCGCUCGUCGGCUUCGCCGCAUCCGGGGAAGGCCCGGUCCCCGCCCGACGCGCGGCGGUGGCGUACAUCGGGGGCGCGGGGGACGCCGCGGGGUCUGCGGGCUUGAAGGCCGUGUCGGCGGUGUUUCGCGGGGACAAUAACGCCGGGGUUCGGCGCACCGCGGGGGACGCGCUGAGUGACCUUGGAGACCCUGCGGCGAUUCCAAUCGCCGUCGGCGGCCUCCGCGACAAGAGCAAGCUCGUCCGCUGGAGGGCCGCGCGGGUCGUCGGCGAGCUGGCCACCCGGGAGCAGGACGCGGUGUCUCUCGACGAGGCCCGCGAGGGGGAGGUCGAGUUCGAGGUGGCGUUCGAGAUGGCAGACGCCGCCCGCAAGAUCAGGGCGAGGGUUGCCGCCCCCGGGGAAGAGGAGGUGGCCACCGCCGCCGGGGUCGGCCCCGUUUGGAAGCAAAUCCAGGAGAGGGAUAGCAACAAGUAGACGGGCGGUGUACUUUAUUUGUCCUUGGAGGGUUCAGCAAUCAUGGAAUGUUGAGAGGAGGAGAGUCUAGGAAUCAUGGCAUGCGGGAGGCUCUUUGGCGNAGGGGAGUCUAGGGAUCACAUGGCAAGUCAAAGUUGCUCUAGGGCGGUGGCUGGGUUUUUUCUGUCGGUCCGUGAGGCAGCACGCAGGGCCUGGUAGAGCAGGAAGACGGGCUAUCAGUGCAAAGGGCUUGUGGGAGGAAAGGGGGUUCUAGCGAAUGGGGAGUGAACCACCAAGGCCCAUCCAGCAGUGAACCGGACCAGAAUUACAGGUGGCCGUGUUGAGCCUUGGGGCUGUUUGAAGCGUGGCGCGGAGACCUGGAUCGCUUCGAGUAGACGACGCGUGUAGAACAAUUCAAAUUGGCAAAAGGCAGGGUGGAGUUGGCAACCCACACACAUACGGUUUGGGACAAAGAGAAGAUAUAGACAACGUAGAGUAGACGGCACAAACGCUGUGAACGCUGAUUUGAAGUGAAGACAACGAUAAAAAACGAAGUGAGUGAUGAUGUCUCGUGGUCGUACGAUGGUGGGAAGUGACUUGGAUUCAUUAUCAAUGGCAAUGCCGACCAGCAAUGUCGAUUAGAUCCAAACCCUUGAGAUGAAACGUUUGGCAGAAAAAGAAAAUAAAACGCACUUGCCGGCAAUUUUCGUAGCUGUUUAACGGUAGUUCAGCCGAGGAUCUGUCUUGAGUCUAGUCUAAUGUUUGUGUGGACGUGUCGGAACUACCCUUGCGUGAGUGCUUGCACAAAAUGGCAACUCUUUGGACAAAAUGCAGCGCCCAAUUCCCACGCUCGGGCUGUGGUGCAGGUUCGGGGGAGACGCAAAGUCACCAAAAACGUGCAAAGCAACCCUGUCCUGGAUCAACCUUCGUCGCUUGUCGUGUCAGAGCGAAGGAAAAAAAUAAAUCCCCGUAGUACACAAUUGGAAUCUCGAAGGCAGUACGGGCUCGAAGACAGACGGGGGAACGGGAAUGAUUCAGCGGGGCCCUUUAAGACCGAUGGGGCCGCCAGCGCAGUCUUAACAUAUCAUAACAGGUGGGGUAAGUUAACCCCGUCGUGGAAAUAAUGUCGUUUCCAUAUACCACGCGAAGUUUCCCUAGGGCAAAAUACAAUCAUCCAUCAAGGUGUGGCCGUGUCUGGCCUAUGCUACUUCUGAAGUACCAAUUAUCUGUAGACACGUCGUGGAACACCCACCAAUCUGUUAGGUGAACCAUCGAGCAGGAACUGCGGUCCACUGCUACACUUUCGUUCUCCCACGGAAGGAACCGGCACCCCACCGGAGGCUACAAAUUUAGCAGAGGUGGUGGCGAGAUUGCCACCUCUUUCUCAAAUCUAUGGGCACAAACAAAGACGGGGCGGGGGGUUUUGUUUACGAGGAAGGGUAGCUCUUCCCCCUCCUCCUUUGUAACGGACUUGACACCGGCAGUGCCGACCAAAAAAAGGCGGGAAACCGUCAAACAUUGCACAAGCCAAAAAACAAGUUAACACCACAUAUAUGUCUAUACACCCUGGGGGAAAGAAUUUCUCCACCAACAGCAACAAAUCGCCCCGUCCCCGUUCCAAAGAUCGUUUGAAAAGGGCAAGUCCCCGAAAGAUAAUCAGCAAGCAACUGCCAGUAAACCAAAGAACAGCACCGUGCUAUAUGACCCAAUUCCGCCGCCACCGGCCCAAGACACUAUUCUGUUUCUUCGUGGGGUCGUG